AUGGCCGCGUACCCAAGUCAAGAACAUCGGCCAUUGAAAAAACAAUCUUUAGGACCACCUGACGUUUAUCCUCAAGAACACAAACAGCGUGAGGAUGAACUCAAUCAAAGCAGUGUUAAACAUGGAUUUAGUAAUAUGCCACAGUUCUCAGAUGAGCAUGGAUCUGAGAAAAAUGCUGAUAUUACUAUUGAUAAGUUUGGUACCUACUUUAGUUCUGUUCUUACCAAGAAAAUGGAAUACAAUACUCUCCAAGACAGUAAAAAGAGACCAACCUUACCACAGAAAGAGAUCUUCUGGCAUGGUCGAAGUAAACCAGCUGUUAUGGAGGCAUGGUUUAAAGAUCUAGCUAAUGAUAAACCUCUAUCGCAGAUGGGUAAACGGGUACCAUUAUUAAAUCGUAAAGAAGAUGUAUUUUCUACUCUUUGUGAAUAUAAUAUCUCUAUGGUACGAGCUUCGUGGUUUAUUAAAAUGAUGGCUGUCUAUAAUAGUGCUACAAUGGAAAAUAGGAAUGGUAAAAGAAGGCAAACAGUUGAUCAAGCUUCAGAAUGGGCUAUAGCUUUAACCAAAUAUUUAAAAGAUCAACUACAGAAGAUACAAGAAUUUUACCAUGGAGGUUCAGCAACACAGACUAGUUUUCUAACAGCUCACACACCAUUACAGUCAGAUAUGGAAAUUGCUUUAAAACAAUGGAACUAUUGCUGUCGUUUAGCUAGACACACCUAUAAUGAAGGAUUAUUAGAUAGACAUGAAUAUCUGUCAUGGCUGGUUGAAUUACUAGAAAAAAUGAAACAACCAGAUGAUACUGUAUUAAAACUUAUCAUAUUUCAAAUAUUACAUUAUAUGGAUGAGGUAACUAACUCUGCGUUAUUAUCAAGAAAGUUGGCUUAUAUAUGCAGUAAGAAAAUCUCACUAUUAUGUAGUGAUGUGGGCACUACCUCACCUAGAACACAGUCACCUAUGUUAACUACCAAUAGUAAUGGUAUUUGUUUGUGUCAUGGUAUGUGGUUGAUUCAUGGUAUGUGUUUGAUUCAUGGUAUGUGUUUGUGUCAUGGAAUGUGUUUGAUUCAUGGUAUGUGUUUGAGUCAUGGCAUGUGUUUGAUUCAUAGUAUGUGUCUGAUUCAUAGUAUGUGUCUGAUUCAUAGUAUUUGUUUGAGUCAUGAUAUGUGUCUGAUUCGUUGUAUGUCUUUGAGUCAUUGGUGCCACAAGUUAUUAAUUGAAACUGUAUGGUUAUUUUUACAGUGUCGUAAUCAAAUUAGAAUGUGUGAACAACAGAUUAAACAAAGAGGUAGAAUGGCUGAAGCAAGAUGGUCUUCAGAUAAAUGUCAACAAUCAGCUACAGGAAAAGGUGCUACAAUAUCUAAAGUGUUAACAGUGCUAGACUUAUUUGAUAGACAUAAAUUUGAUUUGGUAGACAAUGCUAACAAUAUGGAUUCAUUAUAUAAUAAAAUAUUUGCUUGCACUCAGAAUCAAGACAGUAAUGAGUCUGUACCUACUGAUGAUUCUGUUAUAAGAUUGUUAUUAGAUCUAGCUGUUAGUACUAGACGUUGUGGUGAUCAUAGAGCUAUAGUAGUAGCUAAACUACUAGAACGUCGACAAUCAGAAAUACGUAGUGAGAAAUAUGGUGAUAAUGAUAUGGGAGAUGAUAAAGAUUCUAGUGGUUCAGAUACAAUGGUCACACCUAGUAUUCCAGUCUUUCAACAUUUAUUAAUGGAUUUCUUAGAUACAUCAGCUCCUGUCUUAGAGGACAACCCAUCAGAAGAAAACAGCCUUGCAUUUAAAAACCUGAUUCAUUUAUUCUGUGAACUCACCAGACAUGAUGUCUUCUCUCAUGAUGCCUAUAUGUGUACCUUGAUAUCACGAGGUGAAUUGAUGAGAACCCCAGCUCCUAUCGUACCAUUUAAUGAUAGUUUAGAUCUUGGUAGUGUUAAAAGUCUAACAGAGAGUUACAGUAUAAAACAUGAGGUAGAUAAAGGUGACAUCAACAUACCCAGUGUAGGUGAAUCUCUUCAAAAUUCAAACCAACCCAAAGGACCUUCCAGACACAUGCAGUAUGUGACACAUUUCCCUCUACCACUAGAUGAAUACUCAGUCCACGAAUGCAAUCAACGCAUGAUGAUGUUGUACGGCGUGGGCAAGGCUAGAGAUGAAGCUCGACAUUUCCAAAAGAAGAUUUCCAAGGAAGUCCUGAGACUCUAUGGGAAGAGGAAUUCCAUUGACAUCAACAGUGGUGACCUGGGGAAGGUCAGAAAGAAGAAAGAAAAAGAAGGUGAAGGAGCUUACACUGGCCAAGCACCAUCGUUACCUAAUUUAGAAGCCAUCUUCCAGAAAUUCAAGAAGCUGUCGUAUUUUGAUCAGCAUGCUGUGACCAACCAGUGCGUCAGUACCGUUCUCGAACAAAUGAUCAGUUUUAUUGAAGGCAAUUCCAGUUAUUUAGCUAAAGUGGAACAUGUGGCGUAUUUAUUUGAUAUGAUGGAACACGCUAUGAAUAUAAAUGGUCUCAUCGAUUUUAUUGUAAAAUUAUUGAAUCAGUUAUGUGAAGUAGUAACUCAGUUGAAGAUAAAAGAAUCAACAUUAGUCAGUAGUUAUACUAUGACACUAGGAUUAUGUAUUGUUAGUGUUUUAAGAAAUUACAAUUCUUAUAUGUUAGUUUCACAAGAACAAACAGCAGAGGCCUUUGAAGGAUUAAUUGGUGUUAUGAGGUUAUUAGAUGUAUCAAAUCCUGCUGAUUGUACCUCACCAUCUAGAUGUAUGCUGGCCUAUCUAUGUGACACUUAUUCCUGUAAUAUAUAUCUAAAGAAUAAAUAUUCAGAGAUGUUUAAUGCACCCUAUAACAAAAUGAAGAAUACUCUAUAUGCCACAGUGAAUGCCUCCUCUUCUAAUCUGAGAUGGGAUCCUUCCUUUAUGAUAGAUGUUAUCACUGGCUGUAAGGGACAAAUUGAUCAACAGUUCGUUCGUCAAGUUCAAGAAAACUCAUUAAAUCUAUAUAGUUUUGUUUGUAAUGCUACUUUAAAUAUUUGUGGUACCCAACAGCCUGAAAGGUUAAAUGACAUUGCUAUAUUGUGUGCUGAGUUUACUGCUAGAUGUAAUGCUUUAAGUUCAGAAUGGUUAGGUGUAUUGAAGGCUUUAUGCUGUUCAUCUAAUAACAGUUGUGGUUUUAUAGAUGUUUUAACUCAAAUAGAUGUGAGUGAUAUGUCUAUACAUGAUUCACUAUCAGUAUUUACAGCUAUAUUGAUAGCUAGACAUUGUUUUUCUCUACAAGAUUUUGUUAUCCAUGUAGCUCUACCUUCAUUGAUGUCAGCUUCUGGUGGAGAUCAAGAUGCAGAAUCUGGAGCUAGACUGACGUGUCAUUUAUUAUUACGUCUCUUUAAGACAUCUCAUUUAACACAACCCCAACCAGGUCUGUCAUCUGGUAGUCGGAAUGCACCACUUAUCAAAUCAUCAGCAGAUUGUCAUCUAUUAGAAGCAGCUCAUGAUAGUAUCACUGUUGGUGGUGUAUUAGCUGUUUUAAAAGCUAUCUUAAUGUUAGGUGAUUCAUACAAUGAUGAUGAUUAUAAAGCUAAGAACACCAGUAGUAAUACGAAAGAUAAAUCUGGAGAUAUAUUUAAUUUAUUACAACAAUUAGAUGAUGAUGAAAUAGAUCUGAAUCUACUUGGAUCAUCUAUGACUAGUAAAAACAGUGGUGUAGAAAGAGCAGGAUUAAGUGAGUUCGCUAAGUAUUCUCUACGUGAAAUGUGUAGCCAGGAAUGGGUCAGAGAGAAGUUUUUAAAAGAACCUGAAUAUAGCUUGUUUCAUGAAGACAUGUUGUUAGAUAAUCUACUAUCACCUAAACAGGCCCAUCAGUUGUUACAGAUGAUAUGUUAUCCUACUGGUGUACCUAAUCAAUAUGAUGGUACAGAAACAGAUAAUAAAUCUAAUAUAAUUAGAAUAUUACAGACAUUAGACAAAUGGUCAUUACGUGUCAGUUGGCUUGAGUUACAGUUUAUGUUUAAACAAUCAACAUCAGUAGCAGAAAAGAAUAGCUUAUUAGAUAUAUUUGCUAAGGGAACAAUAGACCUGUUUCAUCAACAGACAGAGAGUAAUAAAUCAACCAAUACAUUAUCAGAUUAUAAUAAUAAUUUUUGUUCUAUUUUUGAUUUAACUAGGUCUGACAGUGAUGAUAGUAUUUGGCUAGUAGCACCAUUAAUAUCUAAACUAUCAGCUAACGUACAGGGUCGGGUGUUAAAAUCAGCUGGUCAGGUUUUAGAAAGUGGCAACAAUCUAGUCUCCAAAUCAAAAUUUGAUAAAGAAAAAAAUCAAAAAAGUAAAUCCUUAUUAGGUCAUCAACCAUUUCUGUCAUUGGUAUUAUCAUGUUUAAAGGGACAAGAUGAACAAAGAGAGGGGCUAUUGAAUUCUUUACAUUCACAGCUAGAAAAAUUCAUCUUUAAUAUGAAAGAAAUAUUGGAGAAAUCACCUGAUGAAUAUAAGAUAAGACAAGACUUACAUAAAGAUUUACAGCUAAGAUUAUCUUUGGUUGGUGGUAUGAUAGAUACAAUACAGAGAAAUUCUACCACUACCAGUGAAUGGGCCUUGUUAUUACUAAUGUUAAUAAGUUAUGGUGUAGUGGACACACAGACCACAAAUAAUGAAUUAUUUACCACUGUAUUAGAUAUGUUAUCAGUCUUGAUUCACGGAACUCUCCUGUCAGAAGAGGGAGAUAAAGGAGAAGAAAAUAAGAAAGCCUACACAAAUCUCAUCAAGAAACUUAAGAAAGAAUUAGGUGAUAAACAGUCAAAUUGUAUUGACCGAUUACGACAGUUAUUACCUAUACCUAAACGUCAAUAUGAGGUUAUAACCUGUGAAACAUAUGGUACAUUAGUAGAUACUAAAGGCAAUAAAAUAGCAGGAUUUGAUUCGAUUGGCAAGAAACAGGGAUUACAAGUUGCUCAAAAGAUAAAGGUGAAUCCCUGGGAAGUUAUAGAAGGUUAUAGAAACGCACAUUGUAUACCCUGGGCUAACUUCAGUGCUAUCAAAACAGAGAAAAAAACAUUACGUUAUGAAGAGCAACACAGGUUAUCUCUGUACCACUCUCAUUUGUUAACUCAACCUGAUGAAUAUUAUCUGGAAGCACCACCAUUACCACCAGAAGAACUAGAGCCACCGCCAGAAAAAGUGGUAAGUAUUUGUGUUCAUUGA